UUUAUUCUGGAUCACUUGUAGAGAGUUUCUUUUAAUAGAUAUCAGAGGACUCACGUGUGCAUGUAUAAGAAUUGAUUCAGAAAUCAGAAGCUUUGCUCUAUAAUAGGUGUUUCUAUUGCAGGAUGGCUUGAGAGACUUUGGAUAGGAAUUCAUUUUGACUCUUGAAUGAUGGGUAGCAGUGAGAUGGAUACACCAGCGAAGGCAUCGAAGACUUCGACUCCGACUUCUACGCCUACAACUCAGGAGCAGCCUCCUACAACGAGUACUGCAGCAGUUUACGAUUGGUCAGGAUUUCAGGCAUAUCCCCAUAUUCCUCCACAUGGGUUCUUUCAUUCUUCAGUGGGUUCGAGUCCUCAAGUUCACCCGUACAUGUGGGGAGCUCAGCAUCUCAUGCCUCCAUAUGGGACACCACCGCCUCCAUAUGUUGCAAUGUAUCCGCAUGGUGGGAUGUAUGCCCAUCCAACUCUCCCUCCGGGAUCUCAUCCAUUCAGUCCUUAUGCUAUGCCUUCUCCGAAUGGAAAUGCUGAAGCUUCUGGAACUGUUCCUAGUGGUGCGGAAGUGGAUGGUAAGUCAUCAGAUGGUAAGGAAAGAAGUCCCUUCAAGAGGUCAAAAGAAAGUUUAGGCAGUUUGAAUAUGCUUACAGGAAAGAAUAGUGAGGUGUCUAAAACAUCGGGAGCAUCUGCUAAUGGAGUUUUUUCCCAAAGUGCUGAGAGUGGAAGUGAAGGCUCAAGUGAAGGAAGUGAUGCCAAUUCUCAGAAUGAUUCACAACAUAAAGCAGGCAGUGGCCAAGAUUCCUUGGGUGCUGAAGCAUCCCGGAAUGGCAAUGCUGUGCGUGGUCCUCAGAAUGGAGCAUCUUGUACUGCACCAAAUACAAUGUUAAACCAGACAAUGGCGAUCAUGCCAAUGCAUGCAGCUGCUGCUCCUGGAGGCAUAGCCGGUCCAACUACAAACUUAAAUAUUGGGAUGGACUAUUGGGGUGCUCCUGCUACAUCAUCUAUCCCUGCCCUGCGUGGGAAGGUCCCUUCUACUCCAGUUUCAGGAACAGUGGUCUCCAGUGGUGCAGUUGGAUCUCGUGACAGUGUGUCUACAGAGCUUUGGAUACAGGAUGAGAGAGAACUGAAAAGGCAGAGAAGAAAGCAGUCGAACAGGGAAUCAGCCCGUCGAUCUAGGUUGCGCAAGCAGGCAGAAUGCGAGGAGCUGGCCCAACGUGUUGAAGUUUUGAAAGAAGAGAACACCACUCUCAGAUCAGAAGUUAGUCAUGUCCGCAGCGAGUAUGAGCAGCUUCUUUCACAGAAUGCCUCCUUGAAGGAGAGAGUUGGGGUGAUCCCUGGAGAUUAUGAAGAUCCAAGAACUGGCAGGAAUGACCAACACUCUGGCAAUGAUGAUCAACAAGCUGAAAAAUCAGAACUUGUGCAAAGUGAUCAAUAAGACCAGCAGCACUGCUUUCAACCCAUUUUCCUGGAGCAUAACCUAACCCAAUAGCAGAAACCAGUUGUCAUUUACCUCAUCUUUUUGAAAAUUCAUUGUAGGUGACCUUUCCAAUCUUAGGGAUCUGUUUAUACUAUAAUCAUAAAAUCCCUCAUUGUUGGUUCAGAAUAUCUUUUAUAGUUGAAGCCCUAGAAGGACACGUAGAGGUUGGGAACUGGGAACCUUGUAUUACCUUUUUGUGUUAGAGGAAGGGUAGCAGGUAGUUUAUCUUAUCUACCUUCAUGUAUUUUAUGGUUGAUGUAAUGUGUAAUUCAGGAGACAUUUAAUAAACAACAAUAUGCUGUACUCUGUGGAGCUUUAUA